GCGUCUGGGCAUGCGCUUCUCUUUUGACCCUGCCCCUCCACCACUACCAUUAUGGCGGAGACAAUUCCUGUGCCCCAGUUUCGGCCAGUUACACACCUGAUAUUUGGCCUGAAUGGACUUCUUCUGAAUACUGAAGAUUUAUAUACCGAAGUGUUUCAAGAAAUAUGCACGAGCUAUGGGAAGAAAUACAACUGGGAUGUUCAGUGCCUGGUCAUGGGGAAGAAUGCUCUAGAAACUGCCCAAAUUAUAGUAGAGUUCCUGAAGUUACCCAUUUCCAAAGAAAAACUAUUGGAAGAAAGCCAGAAGAAGCUUCAGGAGGUGUUACACACUGCCGCACUCAUGCCAGGAGCUGAGGAAUUGAUCCACCACCUGAGAAAACACCACUUACCCUUUGCCCUGGCCACCAGCUCCCUGACCGUUCCCUUCCAAAAGAAGACCAGUAGACACAAAGGGUUCUUCGGUUUAUUUCACCACAUCGUCCUGGGGGAUGAUCCUGAAGUACGGAAUGGCAAGCCAGCCCCAGACAUAUUUCUAACCUGUGCUAAGAGGUUCUCUCCUCCGCCUGUUCCACAAGACUGCCUCGUCUUUGAAGAUUCUCCAGAUGGGGUGGAGGCAGCCGUGACCUGUGGGAUGCAGGUCGUUAUGGUGCCUCAUGAAAACCUAAGUGCAGACCAAACAAAAAAUGCCACCCUGGUGCUGAGUUCCCUCCACGACUUCAAACCGGAACUGUUUGGUCUACCUGCCUAUGAGUGAUAAUGGUGAAGGGUGACCGUGCUGCUGUGUGGACCCACAUUGCUUUGUGGAAGCAUUAGGAAAUCCACAGUACCCAAAUUGUAACCUUUAUUGUCACUGUAGGUUAUAAAGUCAUGGGUUCCAUUAUUUAUUCAGCCUCCUCUGUGAUUUGCUCUACAUUUGACUGUAGAAAGAAAACGAGAGCUCAGAUUGACAUCUACAGUAACUAUCUUAAGUAAAGCUGACUUGGUAUACACUAAAGGGAGUGUUACAUGCAUGUUUAUAAUACAUGUGAAUAUAACCACUAUAUGAUUA